AUCUUGGAUAAAAGACACUUUCUCUGCACUCUUCUCAUUUCUCUGCGCACUCUGUUUCUAGAGAGAGAGGAGGCAAGAAGUAGUGAGAGAAAAAAACAGUAAGAGAAAGAUUGAGGAUUUGCGCCAUUAGCCACAAGGAUGGUUUGGAGGUCAACAAGAGGCGAAUGGGUCUCAAUGUAUCUGCUUCUCGUCGCUCACUUCGCUACUACUCUACUAGCAGAAGACGGUCUACUAAUCAACGGUGAUUUCGAGACGCCACCAUCAGGCGGCUUCUCAGACGACGGUCUCGGAGAUGGACACGUCACGAUCCCCAGCUGGAAAUCAAACGGCACCGUAGAGCUAGUCGAAUCUGGGCAAAAACAGGGUGCAAUGUUCCUCAUCGUACCACAGGGUAUACACGCGGUGAGGCUCGGCAACGACGCAGAGAUCAGCCAAGAAACGAAGGUCCAGAAGGGCUCGCUCUACUCCGUCACGUUCAGUGCGGCGCGCACGUGCGCUCAGCUCGAGUCACUCAACGUGUCCGUGCCACCGGCAUCACAGACCAUUGAUCUACAGACCCUCUACAGCGUGCAGGGCUGGGAUUCGUACGCGUGGGCGUUUCAGGCGGAGGAUGAUUAUGCGCGGGUCGUUUUUAGAAAUCCCGGGAUGGAGGAUGACCCUACAUGUGGGCCCAUAAUUGAUGAUAUUGCAAUCAAGGAGCUCUUCACCCCUGAUAAACCCAAAGAUAAUGCAGUACUUAACGGUGAUUUUGAAGAAGGUGCAUGGAUGUUCAGAAAUGCUUCACUCGGGGUCUUACUCCCCACCAACCUCGACGAAGAAACCUCCUCUUUGCCCGGUUGGAUUGUUGAAUCAAACAGAGCUGUCCGUUACAUCGACUCGUACCAUUACACUGUCCCACAAGGCAAACGUGCUAUCGAAUUGCUGUCCGGCAAGGAAGGCAUAGUCUCCCAAAUGGUGGAAACCAUGCCCAACAAGCCAUACAGGUUGACCUUUUCUUUGGGGCAUGCAGGGGACUCUUGCAAGCAACCACUAGCAGUCAUGGCCUAUGCUGGAGAUCAAGCCCAGAGCAUCCAUUACACACCCAAUGCCAAUGCCACAUUCCACACUGCUACUCUGAAUUUCACUGCCAAGGCCGAGAGGACGCGUGUUGCGUUCUGCAGCGUGUAUUACAAUACGAGGAGCGAUGAUCAGAGCUCUCUGUGCGGACCGGUGGUGGAUGAUGUGAAGGUGGCAGUGUCAGGAUCUAACAGAAAGGGGCUUGGAGGAUUGGGGUUAAUGUUGGGUUCAGGGAUUUUGCUUGUUUUGGUUUUGGUUUAGGUUCAAGGUUGGCUCAAUUGCUUGACAAAGCUUUGUAUGCUGUGGUUUAUGGUUGUAGAAUGGGAUUUUGGAAAACCAUGUUCCCAUGUCUAUGUUGUUUUAAUUUUGUGAGGAGAA